UGUGUGUGUGUGUGUGCGUGUGAGCCAGUCACUGCAGUGUGCUCAGCAGACAGCAGAACAGGACAGGAUAGGAACAAGAGCACACUGUGUUACAGGAAGCAGGCUGUUUGCCUUAGCCACUGGCCUGACCGCAGCCGAUCUCUGAGGUGACAACGCAUCCAGUGAGUGAAUCGUGACUUGUGGUGAGCACUCGCUGUACACUGUACUCUUAAGCUGAUCUAGAAGUCUCAAGUGUGGUCGGAUUUGAGCUGACUCAUUAGAGCAGGUAGCCUGCAGGGUUUUCUUUUAGGUGUGUCGCACUUUGGCGUCUCAGUUUAGUUAGGUUUGGCUUGGGUGUGCUCGCUGGCGAUAACGCGUGGAGGGAUAUGGUGGAGGUGACGCUCAAGCCUGGAGCUCUAUGGAUCCUCAGUUCAUGCAGAGCCUGAUGAAGCGCAUCUGCUUGUGUAUCGGAGAGCUGGUGGUGGGCCAGCUUCCCAAAGCAAAUGCCACUGACGUUUCAGAAGACAGCGAAACUCCCCGUUUGUUGUUACGUCUGCCGAGCGGUUUGCCUAAAGCGGGUUGUGUUGGUGUGCAUUUCCAGAGCCAGGACUGGAGUAAGAGCGAUGACAGGUUGCUCCAGGCUGUGGAGCAGGACGAGCCUGAGAAGGUUGCCGCCCUGCUGGUGAAAAAAGGACUCUGCCCCUCCAAGCUGGACACAGAGGGCAAGUCCGCCUUCCAUCUGUGUGCGUCGCAAGGCCGCUUGGACUGUCUAGAGGUCAUCCUUUCUCACGGCGUGGACAUCAACAUGACGGAUGGUGCAGGUUAUAAUGCCCUCCACCUUUCUGCAAAGAAUGGACACUCAGAAUGUCUGAAGAGACUUCUCCAGGAGCGGAUGCCAGUGGACUCGGCAGACAGUUACGGGAGGACCCCGUUACAUCACGCUGCUGUCAACGGCUGCCUGUCCUGCACCGAGACCUUAUGGGACUUCAAAGCUGACCUGGACGUCCAAGACGGAGAUGGAGCAACACCACUUAUCCUCGCGGCCCAGAUGAGCCGGGUGGAGCUGUGUGUCUUCUUGCUGGACAGGGGCGCUGACCCCAACAGGCAGGACAUCCAGGGCAGGUCGGCCCUGAUGCUAGCCUGCGAGAGUGACAGCUUAGAGACGAUGGAAGCGUUGCUGAAGGGUGGGGCCAAACCGCACCUCACGGAUGCCCUUGGGCACGAUGCCGCCCACUACAGCGUCGCUGCCGGCAGCCAACGGCUCACCCAGCUGCUGCAGCCUGGAGGAGGGGACGCAGGUAACGCACACGCAGUGGCUGAUGGAGGAAGUGCGGAGCUUUCCCCUGCUGCCACUGCCCAGGCUGGGGCAACAACACCACUCAAGAGGAAAGCCCCCCCUCCUCCAAAGUUCCCCCGGCAGGGUACGCACCCUUCCCCAGGCCUGCCUGCUCCUGACCCUAUCCAAUCACAAGCGCCCCAGACUUCGGCUCCUCCCUACCCAGCCCCCCGGACACAGCGCCCAUGGCCAGAUAGCCUUGCAGAGGAUGAGGAAGUGUUUGAAGAGAUUCGAAGGCUCCGAUUGGAGAGAGGACGUCUGCUACAGAAGAUCAAAGCCAUGGAGCAGCAACAGAGUAGUGCCACCGCUGAACUGGAGGAGCUGCACUCCCUCAGAGAGCGUUUACGCAUAUCCGAGGCAGAGCGUGACCUCCUGCAGGUGGCGCUGGAGGAGCUGAGAGGGUCUCAGUAUGGCGGCGGCGACGAUCCGGAUGACAUGCUGGACUUCCCAGGUGCUGAGAGGUUGCUGUCCAGACAGUCACGGGACGCCGAGGUCGAGACAUCAGAGGCCCGGGUGGAAGCCUCGUCCAAAGAGGAGUUGGAGCAGCUCCGUGGGCAGGUGGAUGAGCUGAUCGCGCAGAAUGCUGACCUAGUUCUCAAAAUCCAGAUGCUGGAGAUGUUCGAGAAGGACGACACAGAUUUGCAAAGCUCCGGUCCAGACUUUGUGCCCACAGCCCUGUAUGACUCCCUGAGGAGGGAGUUCGAGGAGCUGCAGGACAAAUACUCGAGAGCGCAGGCUGCUAUUGAGGGCUCGAGCAUCGCCACCGAGGACACUGGGUCUGAGGAUAAGCCUGACGAGACCGGUGAGAUGGAGUCAAAGGUGGAGCCUUCAGGCGGAGGAGGAGAGCGCACAGAGGAGAGCGUACAGGAGCAGCUGGCCCAUGCCCGAGCUGAGCUGAUGGAGCUGAGGGAACAGGUGCGGCUGGGGGUUUACUCCGUGGAGGCGGCAGGGUUACCCACACACGGCCCCUGCGAGGGCCAGGAGGCGGGGUCGAACUCGGACACCCAGCGGCUGACAGAGAGAGUGCGUGAGCUGGAGGCGGAGCUCGCCGGCAGGCAGGCGGUGCAGGGGGAGGGGUCUAACCAGGGCGACGCCGACACAGUCCGACAGCUGAGGCAGAGGGUGGAGGAGCUGGAGUCAGCUCUGCAGGAGAAAGAGAAGGAGGAGAGCAAGAGAGUACGCAGUCUAAGAGAGCGGGUGGGCGAGCUGAAGGCAGCCCUGGAGCAGCGCCAGGGGGCCGGGGGCGAGGUGGGCGGGGCUGAGGCAGAGGGUGGGCUGCAGGCGCGGGUAGCGGAGCUGGAAGCUGAGCUGGCGCAGAGUGUUCCGCAGCAGCAGCUGGACGAGGUGCGGGUCACUCUGGGCCUCCAGCUGGAGCAGCUGGCCCGAGAGCGCGCGGAGGCCGCGCUGAGACUCAACGAGACGCUCCUGGAGCUGGAGAGGCUCCGCCCUCCGACGCAUGCCGGCGAGGACGAGGAGGACGAAGACGAGGAGGAGGAGCGCUCCGAGAGGUCCGUCGUAUCGGAGUUUUCGUUAAAGCUGUUGCCAGGCAGACGGACUCUGGAGGCUGUGCAGGAGGAGCUGGAGGUUGCCAGGCAGGAGGCCGCCGAGGCGUUGGACUGCCUGGUCGCCGAGAGGGAAGGACGCGCCCAGGACGCCCUGCAGCUGAAGGAUGCGGUACCACUGGCCAGACACCAGGAGGCGCUGUCUGCCAUAGCGCAGCAGCUGGCGCAGACGGAGAAUGAGCUGCAGGCGGAGAGAGCACUGCGGGAGCAUGCCCAGGCCGAGCUGGCACGACGAGAGAGCGAACUGCAGGCUGCCCGGCAGGGCACGAUCAGCAAGGAGGAGCAUGAGAAGACCAGGGCCAAGCUGCAGGAGAGCCAGGACACUGCGGCGGCCGCGCAGGAGGCUCUGAGCGCCAAGGAGACGGAGCUGAGGGAGCUGCGCUCGCAGAAGGCUCUGGAACAGGGCCUGGUGUCCAAGGAGGAGCACGAGGCUCAGCGCCUGUGUCUGCAAGCCGAGGUCAACGCCCUGACCGCCAGUCUGGCCGACCUCACGCGCAAGCAUGAGAAGACCUGCAAUGAGGUUUUCCAGGUGCAGAGGGAUGCUCUCUUCAAUAAGAGCGAGCGCCAGGUGGCCGAAGCCCAGCUCCUCGCUGUCCAGCAGCAGCUGGCUGAGCUGCAGGCUCAGUCCACCCACGUCCAGCAGCUGCAUGACGACAUGCAGCACUCCCAGAGCCUGAUCAAGGAGAAGGACCGCAAGAUCACCGAGCUCUCUAAAGAGGUCUUCCGUCUGAAGGAAGCCCUGGGCGCUCUGACUCCUCCCCUGGGCAUAGCCUCCUCCUCCCCUCCUUCGGCGGGUAUACCAGGGCAGCAGCUGGCUUUACAGAACCGAGUGUCUGCACUAACUCAGCAGCUCCAGGACUCGGAGCGCAAGCACAAGGCAGUGGUCGCCAUCUACCGCUCACACCUCCUCGCCGCGGUGCAGGGGCGGAUGGAUGAAGAGGUGCAGACCCUGCUGCUCCAGAUCCUCCGAAUGUCCCAGAAGAGCCAGAGCGCUUAAAGCAGCCAGGGGCCCGGGGUCUUCACCCCCACCGCCUGCAGAAUGGUGUGCUCGCGGGCCAGCUGGACUGACCGUGCAAAGGCACGGUGGGCGGACUGGCGUUACGUCAGAGGUCCAAGACAGAAUGAGCGUUACUGUAAUGGACGAUAGCAGGUAUAGUUUUAGAAAGUGACAGAGACGAAUAUAUUUGACAGUACCUGUGAAGCUUUGUUAGCUUAGAGAGUACUGAUCAACAAUUUUAUACAUGUCAAUAAAAGCAAAAAAAUGCAUUGCUGUUGUUUUUUCAUCUAUCAUUUUACCAAAGCUUCGAACAAGACUUUCUGAGGCAGGAUCGAGGUCACCUUCUCAAUGUAUCCUGAUAUAUACUGCUGAUCACGUGAUCAAUAAUUUUCAGUAAGACGAUAUCAGACAGCAUAUAUCACCCUGAGGAAAUCUGGGUUUUAUUUCUUCAGUCUUCUGAAUACUUUUUCAUGACCUUCUCGAUUAUUUUCUAAUUUGAAAAAUGUUUGAAAAAAAUGUCUUUUCUGACACGAUGUUUGGAAAUAUUUUCAUUUAAUUCUGCAAGACAUGGCCCUGUUUUCUGAAUGCAUGCGUAUCCCCCGCACCUGCUUGUGAAUGAUUCUAGAUUGUGCCUCUGUGUUUUAUAGUAUUUCAGGAUGGUGUUAAUGUGGGUCAGGUUUUUUUCUCAGGCAAGGUGCAGAAGUCCUCCUGUCACGGGCUCUCACGAAACUUCACACGUCAGCUUGUGAGCA